UAAGCAAAUGCACGUUAAUAUUUUGUUGAAACAGAAAGUGAUAGAUACAUACUGCAUCGCCGACCUGCCUGAGAUUGAUUCGUUAUCAUUGUUGAUUGGUUUCGAUGGAUUCGAGUUCGGGGCAGCAAGAAUUCGAUUAUUUGUUCAAACUAUUGAUGAUCGGUGAUUCUGGUGUUGGCAAAAGUAGUCUUCUUCUCAGAUUCACCUCCGAUGAUUUUGAAGAUCUCUCCCCCACCAUUGGUGUUGAUUUUAAGGUCAAAUAUCUCACCAUGGACGGUAAAAAACUCAAGCUCGCUAUUUGGGAUACCGCUGGUCAGGAGAGAUUUAGAACACUCACUAGUUCUUACUACAGAGGAGCGCAGGGAAUCAUUAUGGUUUAUGACGUAACCCAGCGAGAAACAUUUACGGACUUAUCUGAAGUAUGGGCAAAGGAAAUAGACCUUUAUUCAACAAAUCAAGACUGCAUGAAGAUGCUUGUUGGAAACAAAGUAGAUAAGGAGGAGGAUAGAGUCGUCUCAAAGAAAGAAGGAAUUGACUUUGCUAGGGAAUAUGGUUGCUUAUUUAUCGAAUGCAGUGCUAAAACUCGAAUAAACGUGCAGCAAUGCUUUGAAGAGCUUGUUUUGAAAAUUCUUGAUACACCUAGCCUCGUAGCCGAAGGUUCUAAGGGGGUAAAAAAGAACAUUUUUAAGGACAACCUUCCCCAGUCUGAUGCAUCCACAAGUGGCUGUUGCUGAUUUUAAGAAGCUGUUCCACUCAGAAGCUACAGUUUAGGAAUUAUGGUCUCCAAG